AUGGCGCGUGUAAAAGGCAUUACAGAACAGCAAGAUGCUGUAGAUGCUGGAGGAAGAAACCCAUAUACAUCUUUGGAUGCUGCUACAUAUCUGAGGAAAAACAAUAUUAUGGUGAAUCAGCGCAAUGUCCCAGGGAUCGAUAGUGCCUACCUGGCCAUGGAUACAGAGGAAGGUGUGGAAGUUGUUUGGAAUGAGGUUCAGUUUUCUGAGCGGAAGAACUUUAAGCUUCAGGAAGAAAAAGUUAAAGCGGUGUUUGACAACUUAAUUCAGCUGGAACAUCUGAACAUUGUGAAGUUUCACAAAUACUGGGCUGAUGUGAAGGAGAAUAAGGCCAGGGUGAUCUUCAUCACUGAAUAUAUGUCUUCAGGGAGCUUGAAACAGUUCCUGAAGAAGACAAAGAAAAACCACAAAACUAUGAAUGAAAAGGCCUGGAAGCGAUGGUGUACCCAGAUCCUCUCUGCUCUCAGCUACCUCCACUCCUGUGAUCCCCCAAUCAUCCAUGGUAACCUGACCUGCGACACUAUCUUCAUUCAGCACAACGGACUGAUCAAAAUUGGGUCAGUCUUUCAUAGGAUAUUUGCUAAUGGGGAGGUCCCAGAUGACUGGAGGCUUGCCAAUGUGACACCCGUCUACAAGAAGGGCCUGAAAGAGGAUACGGGAAACUACAGGCCUGUCAGCCUGACCUCGGUGCUGGAGAAGGUUAUGGAACAGUUCAUCUUGGGUGCACUCACCAAGCAUGUGCAAGACAACCAGGGGAUCAGGCCCAGCCAGCAUGGGUUCAUGAAAG